GCUUCCCCCUGUCCCUUUAUUCAGUCUCCUUCGUCCUCGACUCGAUCUACGAACCGCCAUCCGUCACCCCGAAUCUGUGAACGGAUCCUGCCUACCUUCUAAUUCACCCCGAUAUAUUCAAUGUCUCAACAUGUUUGAUUUGCGUCCGGCCAAUUUCAACAUUAUCGACCCCGACGCCGUCGCCUUUCCUGUCUGAUAAAGGACAAACGUGCAUUGCGAGCACUCUCCAUCUGUCCGUCUUGACAUAGGCGCGCCGGCUUCACUUGUCCGAACAAUCAUUCAUAAUGGACCCUCCACACUUGACCGAAUUCGCCUCCCAGCGGUAUUUCGAUAAGCUCAAGAAGCUAAACGAGUCUAAAGAUCAGCCUCCCGAUGCUAUUGCCCACGCGCAGGAGGGCUCUGUUGUGGCCGAAUCCUCGACAUUCAUACUUCCUAUCAGGAGACCGAAGGCAGCUGAUCAGGCCUCGCACGAUAUCCAAAAGGCAGAAAAGCGUCGCGGCAAUUUCAUCGGCUUCAAGAUCUUACCGUCGCGUAAUUCUGUUGAACACGACACGCGCCGACAGUCUAUCGAUUCUACGAAAAGGAAGAGCAUACCUUUCGAUCAGUUAUUCCUCGCGCUUCCUAAUGAGCUGAAAAUCCAAAUCAUCGCCUCUCUACCCUUAUCUGAUGUCCUAAGCCUUCGAUUAGCUUCGCGGUCGUGGCACGCGAUGAUUACAGUCAAUGAGUUCCCAAUUGCUCGGUAUCACUUGGAGCAUCACGUUCCUGCUUAUGCGAAGCGAUUAUAUCCAGCGCCCGACCCGACUGCGAUACGGCUUCACUAUUUAUGUGGGAUAUGGCAUAGGUUACACGUUGCCGCUAAGCUGUCCUAUUUAAUAUGCGAGAGGGUGACGAAGGAGAUAUUUCUGAGGACUACGGUGGCUCAACGUAUCGAAUUCGAGCCGCAAUACGAGAGGAUGCGCCGACGAUUAAUACCACUGCUCUUUACAGUAUUUCAUUUCUUUGAGACGUACCGAACAUUACAUAUCGAAUACAUUCAGGAACAUGGACAUGGCUUAUCCAAGGUCCCUUACACCUUAAAUCCUAUCGAACUGAAGAUCAUGAGCAUGUACGACGACCAAACAUUAUUACGCGUCCAUCAGGUGUUCCCCCUGGUGGUAUCUUCCUUCUGUCGACGCCUUCGACCACCAUCUUAUGUGGGUCGAUUAGAGCGUUCGCUCCGAGGUUAUUUGAAGGACCGGCCUCCCGACGAAGUUUAUGUGACUGCGAUGUGUGUCGGCGGACUCCGACAGAUGGAACGAUUCUGGGAGAUCAAGGGGUAUAAUUCGAGGAGAGGAGCCGUCGACUCGUGGUAUAACGCGGUCUUAAGGGAACCGGUGGAGGUCGGGAUGAAAACGCGGCGAGGGUUCAGGGGUCUCACGCGGAAGAAGUCGAGCGCAGGCGAGUCCGAUUUUCCAAGGCCCGGAGAACCAUACGUGAACGGCCGCGGACGGCAGGGAUCGGAUGCAGGCCGACGGGGCAGCGAUGCGUCGAUGAUUACGUGGGAGAACCUGGUAUUUAAUACGAGUUUGGCUGAAGGCAUGCCGAUGGGCGAGUUGUCGCGCGAACAACUCAAGAUGUUACUUCCCGACCUACCAACCUUACAACAAAUAUGGCUUCCAACGGCGGAGGCGCUAAUAUUAGACCGUGGAAUUGUCGAACGGCCGCAGGACAUCAAGCGCAACGCGCAAGUCAUGUUGGAGCUGAUCCGGGAGGACGGUGCCGCCGAGGAAGACGAGUGGUGGUACGGCCGGGCGGCGCCGGAGUCGGUCCGGCCGCCUCUCGAAGCCAUCGAAGAGGACCCAAUCGAAUAAUUAACCUUCCCACCUUACUUAUCCUUAUCUAUCUACAUCACCUCACCUUAUCUUACCUUACCUCACCUUACCUAUUCUACUAUCUAGUACUUGACUUUAUUAUACCAACGGGGAAAGGGGACGCGAGGGG